CGCCUAAGAAGAAAGGGCAAGCCUUGGGAGAGAUGGGUAGAAUUCCUUCUUGUGUCAAUGAUGAUGUGAAGAAAGGGCCAUGGACGCCAGAAGAGGACAUCCUCUUGGUUUCCUACAUCCAAGAGCAUGGACCAGGGAAUUGGAGAUUUGUUCCUGCUAACGCUGGUUUGCUUAGAUGUAGCAAAAGUUGUAGGCUCAGGUGGAUUAAUUAUCUUCGCCCCGACAUCAAACGUGGCAACUUCAGUGAAAGUGAAGAGAAAUUGAUCAUCGGUCUUCAAGCCCUUCUUGGCAACAGAUGGGCAGCAAUGGCCUCCUAUCUUCCACAGAGAACUGACAAUGACAUCAAGAAUUACUGGAACACUCAUCUGAAGAAGAAGGUAAUGAAAAGCCAUGAAGGCCAUAGCCGAGAAGGUUCCUCAUCUUCCAGGUCCAUGUCCAAAUGGAAAUGGGAGAGAAAGCUACAGAUUGACAUCAACAAGGCUAAGCAAGCUCUAAGCCAGGCUUUGUCCUUGGACAAACAAAGCACUGCACUUGAGCCAAAAUCAUUUGAUGGUUCAGCCCAAUUAUCCACCAGUUACGCAUCUAGUACUGGAAAUAUAGCAAGGUUGCUCGAAAACUGGAUGAAGGUGCCACCAAAUCCAUCCCCAACAGUCUCCCAAACCACAUCCCAGAGCUGCAUCACUAAUGAUGCUCUUAUUAUAGGUUCAUCUAACACCAGUAGUCAAGCAGCUUUUACUUCAGGAUCAUCUAGCACCAUUACGAAAGCAACAACAAGGGCAGCGCCGAGGACGCUGGAGGAGGCUACAAGCAGCACGCCCGUAACUGGGCUCCACCAAAGUACUAGUGAAUUCAAUCAAUGUCCUCUAUUAGAAUUUGAGAAAUGGCUUAUGGAGGAUGAUCUGAUGAACCCGUCGUGUCCGUGCGUGGUGGGGAAGAACUGAUGGGUUGUUUACUUUUAGGGUGGACCUCAAGUCUAUCUAUCCAUCCAUCUAUCUAUCUAUCUAUCUAUCUAUCUAUAUCUACAUAUAUGCAUGGUACCUUGCUGUCUUUUGAGGAGUUUUAUGCUUGAUCAGCUUAGUAUAGGGUUUCUUUCGUUUUUGUCAUUUUAGUGCUGCCGAGUGAAAAGACUAAUAGGGUUUCUUCCUAGCUAGCGCUUUAACUGUAAAUUUCCAACAAGCCUAUAUAUACAUUAAUAUGAAUAAAAUCCAGCUAGAUAUCUGUAUAUA